CCCACCCCCUGCGUGCGUGCGUGCGUCAGCGUGUGCGGGAGCCCAAAAUGGCGCCCGCUGCCGGAUCUGCGUUGGGAGCGGCGUGCUCGUAUCCCUCCGCCAGAGUGCUUUUCCGAGCGAGAGAGUCAGGCGGAAGGAUGAGGGGGGACGGAAGUGGAUUAGUUCAAACGGGGAGGUGCCACCUGCAGAGCGGUCGUAUGGUCUCAGCCAAGCCCUCAGAUACCACUGCAUUUGUACUGAAGAGAACUCCCGGGAUUGCCACCUCACCAAUCUUAAAAAGGCUUUCACCCAGCAAGGACACUCCUCCAGAGAGGUAGAUCUCACGUUUGAAAGAGCCACCUGGAUACCACGUGAAGAACUGCUGCAGUACAGAAGAAAAACCCCCACAAAUCGCACACCGCUGGUUAUGACGUAUCACCCCUCUCUUGAACCUGUACGGAAAAUCCUCAAAAAAUUGCAACCCAUACUAGACAGAGACCCUAUUCUUAAAAAGAUAUUCCCAGAGCCACCCAUCCUAGCCUUCAAACAAGCACCGAACCUCACCAGCCUCAUCACCACAAGCAAACUUCCUCAAGCCCAGAACACACCAAAAGGAUCCAGACCGUGCCAGGACAAGAAAUGCAAAACCUGCCAACACAUCUCCACCACCCCCACUAUCACUACACCCCACAACAGAGCCAUCAGCAUCCCAGGAUCUUACAGCUGCACCUCCAGAAAUGUAAUAUACCUCAUCCAGUGCACCAAAUGUCCUGAUGGAAAAUAUGUAGGAGAGACCAAACAACAACUGCGCACCAGAAUGAACGCACACCGGAAAUCCAUCAAAGACAGAAAUACCCAAUUACCGGUGGGGGCACAUUUCUCACAGGAGGGCCACUCUCUCUCCAGUCUCUCAGUCCUGAUCCUCAAGGGAAACUUACACAACACUUCCCAGAGACGAGCCUAUGAGCUCCAUUUCAUCAACCUGCUGGAUACUAGAGAUCAGGGACUAAACAUAGACAUUGGAUUUUAGAUACAUUACAAUCUGCCUGGCAACUGACUCCCCAGCCCAGCCCAGCCCAGCCCCUGGCUUGUUUACUUUUCAUUCCAUCCAGGAAGAGCACACACCAACUGCUGCAGCUUCCUUAGCCUGACGAAGGGUUUUUGAACCCGAAAGCUUGCUUAAUAACUAUUCUCCAACUAUUUGGGUUGGUCUAAUAAAAGAUAUCAAAUUCACCCAA